AUGGCGAUGCCGAUGGGGUUAUGGAGUCGUACGAGGGCUGCAUCGCCACGGCGGACUGGGACCAGAGCUGGUGCUACGUGCAGGGCGGUUCCAAUUUGCGGCUCCUGCAACUGCAUGACGGAGUGGAACUACGAUGGCGAUGCCGACGGGGUUAUGGAGUCGUACGAGGGCUGCAGCGCCACGGCCGACUGGGACCAGAGUUGGUGCUACGUGCAGGGCGGCUCCAACUGCAACCAGGCCCUGGACUCCACCGUGGCCGGCGAGACGCGGAAGUGGCGCGAGUGCGGCUCCUGCAACUGCAUGACGGAGUGGAACUACGAUGGCGAUGCCGACGGGGUUAUGGAGUCGUACGAGGGCUGCAGCGCCACGACGCGCAAGUGGCGCGAGUGCGGCUCCUGCAACUGCAUGACGGAGUGGAACUACGAUGGCGAUGCCGACGGGGUUAUGGAGUCGUACGAGGGCUGCAGCGCCACGGCCGACUGGGACCAGAGCUGGUGCUACGUGCAGGGCGGCUCCAACUGCAACCAGGCCCUGAACUCCACCGUGGCCGGCGAGACGCGCAAGUGGCGCGAGUGCGGCUCCUGCAACUGCAUGACGGAGUGGAACUACGAUGGCGAUGCCGACGGGGUUAUGGAGUCGUACGAGGGCUGCAGCGCCACGGCGACUGGGACCAGAGCUGGUGCUACGUGCAGGGCGGCUCCAACUGCAACCAGGCCCUGA